CGUCCGCCGUCGAAUUCUUCCUUUUUCUGUCGAAGUAGAUGACAUGAGCAUGCUGCGGCUCCAGAAAAGACUCGCGGCGAGCGUGCUGCGCUGUGGUAAGAAGAAGGUCUGGCUGGACCCCAACGAGACCAACGAGAUCGCCAAUGCGAACUCCCGCCAGCAGGUCCGCAAACUUGUGAAGGAUGGCCUCAUCAUCCGCAAGCCCGUCACGGUCCACUCCAGGGCCCGCUGCCGCAAGAACACGUUGGCACGCCGCAAGGGCAGGCACAUGGGCAUCGGUAAGAGAAAGGGUACCGCCAACGCCCGUAUGCCCGAGAAGCUGUCGUGGAUGCGCCGUAUGAGGAUCCUGCGUCGCCUGCUGCGUCGCUACAGGGAGUCCAAAAAGAUCGACAGGCACAUGUACCACAGUCUGUACUUGAAGGCCAAGGGUAACGUGUUCAAGAACAAGCGCAUCCUCAUGGAGCACAUUCACAAGCUGAAGGCCGACAAAGCUCGCAAGAAGCUCCUGGCGGAUCAAGCCGAGGCCCGCCGUACCAAGACCAAGGAAGCCCGCAAACGCCGAGAGGAGCGCCUCCAGGCCAAGAAGGAAGAAAUCAUCAAGAACCUGUCCAAGGAGGAUGAGGGCAAAAAGUGAUCGGGCCUCCCAAUCAUCCACCUGUCUGUGGAUUGUUGACAAUAAAAUGGACAUAAAGACA